CCAAUCAGAAUUUUCGGCUAACUGCAAAGAGAAUGUGCGAAAGGUUAAUUUUACAGCAAAUUUUUGUUUCGGAUUUUCAAACAAAGCGCUUUUUCCACAAUCUCAUGCAAAUCAACGUCCACAAUCUCAUGCAAAUCAACAUCAUUCAAGAGCUUUUAUUUCAACAUCUUUUAGAGAGUGGCAGGGUCCUGCUGCAAUUGUCACAGAUUCUGCGAUGACGUACAAAUAA